AAAAUAGAAGCAGUGUUCCUGCUGAGGGCAGGCCUGUGCAGGCAAAUACGUCUACACGCAGCAGGAAGACGGAAAACUUUGACCACAGGUAAGUCGCUUGAGGUUUGCGUAGACUUAAAGUAGAUUAUACUCCCUGGAGAGCUGUAUUUUUUUAUAACACAUAUUGACUUUGGGAAGCAUUUUACUGUUGGUAAGUGCUCAAAGAAACUUAAUAUUUACUAUGACCUUCCUCCUAACAUACUAAGCAUGAAGAUUUAGCUAUAUAUUGCUCUUCCUUGCUUUAACUUUAGAAUUCAGUGUCAAAAAACACCCUCAAGCGACAUGUUUCCUUAAACUUUCAGGGUUUUUGUAUUCAGUGUUUUGAGCAGAAGUGGAACUUCCUACUUUUAUUACUUUGACAGUGGUUGACGCCUUGCUGACUGUGGAGAAAUGGACUGUAAGUGUGAAAAGGACAACCCUGAGGAGGCUAUUGCAGAUUGGUGGCUGAGCGGCAACAAUGUCCAGAUGGGAGCCUACGCUGUGGUGGGGUAUCUUCUCUACAGAUUCUCACAGACUCUCCCAGCUCUGAUCCGAUGGCCGAUUCGUCUCUUCUGCUCUUUAACUGGUCUGUCAGCUCUUUGGGGCUGGGUUAGCCACCUGGUGGGAACCCUCCGUGGAAUUCAGAGCUUGUUCAAAUGGCUGUCUCGAAUUUGGCGGUUUAUCGUCGGAUUUUCCUCCAGGUUCCUCAAAGCCAUCACAGGGUCAUCUGGAGAAGGAUCUUCAGAGUUGCUGACAGAUCUGAUGAGUGCCAGCAUUCAGAACCUCAAUGACGACUUUUCCGCCAGCAGCAAGAAAUCAGGUCUGAGGCUGAUCCUCCUUGGCCCCCCUGGUGGGGGACGGACCUCACUUUCACGUACUUUGUUAGGCAACAGUGAGACAAGAGCAACAAUGGAUCCUCUAAUGCAGAGCACCGAGAGGAGGACGGUUGUGGAUGGUAGAGAACUUAUGGUGAUUGACACCCCAGAUGUUUUUGGGACAUCACUGGGUAACAACAAAAGAGCCAAGGAAGCUCUGAAGAGUCUUCAGCUCACCAAACCUGGACCACAUGCCUUUCUGCUGGUGAUUCUGGCUCCGGGAUCCAGCAUGGGAGUCAACCAGGAUGCCUUCCAGGCAAUCCAAGACACCUUGGAGCUAUUUGGAGAAGAAGCAAAAGGUUACAUCAUCCCAGUGCUCACUCAUGCAGACCGCCUGGGUCCACACCUCACCAUGGAUCAGCUGCUGAAGGUGGAUGCUGGGAAUUUGAAAAGGGCUGCGUCUCUCUGUGGCCAGAGACCAGAGCUUGUGGACAACAGGCCAGAUCUCCCGUCAGAGGAACAGACUGUGUUACGUAGACGUCUGGUGAGGCGUGUGAUGGAAAUCAGGGAGCUUAAGGGGUACUUUGUCCAUGAGCUGCAGAGGAGAGAGGACCACCUCAGGGAGGAGCUGCUUGCUAACAUGUCUCUGGAACUAGCUAGAAAACUGGGACACAUGUAAAUAAGGGAAGAGCUUGUGUUUUUGUGAAGCUUUGUAAAAGAGUUUCUAGGGAAAUUGAAAAAAAAAAAAAAAACAAGGUGUUAAACUUACUGUAAACUCAAGCUCAAGUGUCAUAUUGUUGCUUUUCCACAAGGAUUCACAACAAUGGGUUACCUCUCAGUUAUCAAAAUGACAAAUGAUUUCAAUUCACAAUCAUUGCCACACAAAGAUUUUCCUUCUGUAUUUUCAUGUAUUUUAGUUUCAUUUGCUUUUUUGCUUAUGUGGGACUGUAGCUCAUGGCUUCACACUCUGCUCCUGUGCUUUGCCCUCACACAUUUUACAUAAUUGAUAACAACUAUCAUAAUUUAAAAACGAUUAAAUGAACUGCAGAUGUUUGGGAACUAAAAUUGAGCAUUGCUGUAUGGAUUGUCCUGGAUUUUCUCCUCAAAAAGGUUUUGAAACACUUUAAUGGUUCAAAAUAAUAAAUGGAGCAAAUAGGA